AUGAAAGUGGAAAUCUUUUUGACAAUUACUACUUAAAGUUAAAUUCAGCAAUUAAGUUGGUUGAUACAGAUUCUGAAAAUUAUGAAUUAAUUCAAAAGUAUGUUGAUAAUACUUAUGGAAGUACUUAUUCUUCUUUACAAUCUCAAAAUUUUAGAAAUAUUUAAGAUUAAGAGGAAAGGAGAAAAGGAUAAAUUUAAGAAUGUGGGCAAUAGGAUGUUGUUAUGGCAUGGUUCAAGAUUAACAAAGUUUGUAGGUAUUAUGAGUCAAGGCUUAAGAAUUGCCCCUCAUGAGGCACCAUGUACUGGAUAUAUGUUUGGAAAAGGAGUUUACUUUGCAGAUUCCGUUUCUAAAUCAGCAAACUAUUGUUGUGCCUCUUCUUCAAAUCCUGUUGGACUAAUUUUAUUAUGUAAUGUAGCUCUAUGAAAAUGGUAGGAAAGAACUGAGGCCGAUUAUGAGGCAAGUAAUUUAGAACCUGACUGUUAAAGUACAAAAGGAAUUGGGAAAAUGGCUCCUGAUGAAACUGUUGAAUUUUAAGAUAUGAAAGUUCUGAUAGGAAAACCAGAGGAUCAGCAACUUAAGAGCGAUUUGAUGUGCAAUUAAUACAUAGUUUAUAAUGUGGACUAAGUAAGGAUAAAAUAUUUUGUAAAAUUAGAAUUUUUAUAUAAAUAACAAAUGAAGUGA